GUAGUAGAUCUCCUUCAUUGUGCCCUGUCUUCAGAAAAAGCAACGCUUAGCUAGGCUAGCUGUCAAUCCACUCAGCAGCAUCACGCCAAGGUCCUCUGUAGGCUUUGUGGAUAAGGUUGCUAAUAGCUCUGCUGGACAGAAAAAUGGAUAAUCCUCCUACAUACACGGACCUUGGCAAGGCCGCCAAGGACAUCUUCAGCAAGGGCUACGGUUUUGGGGCUGUGAAGAUAGAUCUGAAGACCAGAUCUCAGAGUGACGUGAUGGAGUUUCACACUACAGGCUUCAGUAACAUGGACACAGGGAAGGCUACCGGCAACCUGGAGACCACGUACAAGGUUAAGGAUCAUAACGUGACCCUCAGCCAGAAGUGGAACACAGACAACAUAUUGACUAAUGAGUUGACUGUGGAGGACAAGCUUGCUAAAGGACUGAAGAUUGGCAUGGAAACUUCAUUUGUACCAAACACAGGCAAGAAAACUGGCAAGCUGAAGACGGGCUACAAGUGCCACAAUAUGAACCUGGCCUGCGACUUGGACCUCGCGGGCCCCAUCGUCCAUGGCUCUGUUGUGUUGGGCUACGAAGGCUUGCUGGGCGGCUACCAGACACUCUACGAUGCCACCAAAUCCAAACCGAGCCACCACAACUUUGCCGUGGGAUUCAACGCUGCGGACCUUCAGGUGCACGCCUGCGUUAACGAAGGCAGCGAGUUCAGCGGCUCAAUCUACCAUAGGGUGGACGACAAGCUGGACAUGGCGGUCACCCUGGCCUGGACUGCUGGCAGCAACAACACCCGCUUCGGCAUCGCAGGCAAAUACAUGCUGGACAAGGACACCGCUCUGUCUGCCAAAGUGAACAAUGCCAGCCUGAUUGGACUCGGCUACACCCAGGGCCUUCGACAAGGCGUGAAGCUCACCCUCUCUGCCCUCAUCGACGGGAAGAACUUCAACGCAGGUGGACACAAGCUGGGGUUGGGCUUCGAGCUGGACGUGUAACGAGAACUCCACACCUGUACCGGACAGCACCACCUUUCAUGUAGCUCCUCUCCUCUGGACUCUCCUCACCUUUACCCUCCUCCCUCCACCCCCCAGUCCCCCCCCCACACACACACACACUCCCUGCACUCCUUUCUGACACUAAAAGUCAAGUCUGGAGUCGGGGGAGGGGAAGUGUCGGCCCUGAAAUUUGGCGGUGCGCGGUUGCGAAGGAGUUCCUGAUGUUCUGGCUGAAGUCACACCAUUUUAUUUCGCUGUAGGUCUUGAAAGACGUAACCGAUGGUGUAAAAGUGUGUAACUCAUUCCAGCAGUCUUUACCUAAAAGCAUGAAAGAAUGAAAACAUGGUCGCACAGGCUGGCUGAUGUUUAUUUGCUUGGUUAAAAAGGUGCAGUGUGUCUGCUUUUUUUUUUUUUUUAAUAAGUUCAAACACUUUUUAAUUUUUACUCAUGCCCGUUUUUAUUUGGUUUAAACUGAAAUCCUUCUCGGUCAUGAGAACCUUUUACGUCUGCGUGGCCGCUCUGUCUGACAGGUGAAAUCAAUGUGGUGGAAUCUUCUGGUAUCUUCCCGUAGUUUAGUUUUGCAUUUCUACAGCGUUGCUUUCAUCUGUCUCGGCUCAACGGCCACAAAGAUAGCGAGGAUGUUUUGCAUCGAGGCGCAGCUGGUUCCUCGAGCGAUCUCUGGUCCGUAACAGCUGCUUGUCCUCACUGGUUCAUCGCCACACCGUUAAAACCCCUUCAACCCCCUGAGCCUCCUAAACCCCUGAGCCCCUCCCUCAGCUUUACUGUUUCUACAGUCACAUCACACAUCUAAGAUGUCUUAUUUACUUUAGCCUUCAGAUUGUUGUCAUUUGUUUUUUAGACACAGUACCUCAUUUUUUCCAAUGUAAAUUGAAGAAUUCUAAUAAAAAAACUGGAAACAUG